AUGGAUUCAAGUACAGAGUCAACAGACGCAGAGCUCAGAAAACAUACUGGAGAUAUCUACCAUGAAGAAGUCAGCAACUUGAGAAAGAAUCCAGCAGCUGCUCCGGACGCCCUUCUCCAACACAUUCCUGUGUUUGACUCCAUGAGAACCAGCAUGUAUCGACAAAGACAUAAGACCGUCCUUAAGCUUCCACAGACCCUUGCAGACAUCAAUCUAGAGAAUGAGUGGACAACGACUGAAGCAGAUGACCUUCUUCGCCGACUAGAUGAUGGCAACAUUUUGCUCUUCUUCACCAGCAAGAAUAUGGAGCUUCUCUCUGCAGCAGAUGUGAUCUUUGCAGAUGGUACAUUCUCGUCUUCACCUCGACUCUUUGACCAAAUCUACUCGAUCCAUGCUGAAUACCAAGGCCACAUGCUACCCCUGAUAUAUGGACUCUUGCCAAACAGAACUGAAGCGACCUACACAAGUGUGUUUGACUAUCUGAAACAGACUGCAGCGACUCAGGGACUUCAGCUUUCUCCUGAUGUGUUUCAGUUGGACUUUGAACGUGCAUCUCACAACGCCUCCAGUAUUGUAUUUCCAAAUACUCAGCUUCGUGGCCGAUUCUUUCAUUACACCCAGUGCUUCUGGCGUCGCACACAGAAAGUAGGCCUUGCUUCAGAGUACAAGUCAGACAACAAUGUGAAAAGACUAGUUCGUUGA